AGUGCAUAUUUCAUUUCCAAUUGCGCUUCCAUGCGCAGCACGCAAUUAACACAAAAUGGCCAUUCAACUAACUUUCAUGCUUCUCAUAGCCAUCCUACUUCUUCUCUUCUCAUCCAAAAUUUCCUCUGAAACGGACACACUCACCCAGUUUCAGCCACUUUCCGAUGGAACCACCUUGGUUUCCAAAGAAGGAACCUUUGAGCUGGGUUUCUUCAGCCCAGGUAGCUCCACCAACCGCUACCUAGGAAUCUGGUUCAAAAACAUCCCAGUAAAAACCAUCGUUUGGGUUGCCAACCGCGACAACCCAAUCAAAAGCAACACCAACACCAAGUUAACCAUAACCAAAGAUGGAAACCUCGUCCUUCUCACCGUGAACGACACCGUCCACUGGACAACAAAUGCAACAGAAAAAUCAUUCAACGCCGUAGCGCAGCUUUUGGACACAGGCAACUUGGUCCUAAUAGAUGAGAAGGACAACAACUCCCAAAACUAUUUGUGGCAGAGCUUUGACUAUCCUACGGAUACACUUUUACCAGGAAUGAAGAUAGGAUGGGAAGUAGCAACGGGUCUCAACAGGUACCUCACUUCUUGGAACAAUUGGGAAGACCCAUCUUCUGGUCACUUCGCUUAUGGCGUGGCGAGAAGCAACAUCCCCGAAAUGCAAAUAUGGAAUGGCUCAUCGGUGUUCUACCGAAGUGGCCCUUGGAGCGGCUUUCGAUUCAGCGCCACACCGACAUUGAAACGCCGUUCGUUGGUGAAUAUCAAUUUUGUGGACACCACCGAGGAGAGUUAUUACCAACUUUUCCCGCGGAAUCGCUCGCUGGUUAUAAGAACGGUUGUUAACCAAACCGUUUUCGCUCUACAACGCUUCAUUUGGGAUGAAGUAACUCAAAACUGGAAGCUUGAUUUGCUCAUUCCGAGAGAUGAUUUUUGCGGCUACAACCAAUGUGGCUCUUUCGGGUUCUGCACGGAGAAGGAUAACUCCUCAGUGUGCGGGUGUUUGCGGGGGUUUGAGCCAAAAUCGCCACAAAACCGGGGUGCAAAGAAUAGCACUCAUCAAGGGUGUGUGCAAAGUAGUAAAAGUUGGAUGUGUAGGGAGAAAAAUAUUGACGGUUUUGUUAAAAUGAGUAACAUGAAGGUGGCAGAUACAAACACAUCAUGGAUGAAUAGAAGUAUGACAAUUGAGGAAUGCAAGGAAAAGUGCUGGGAAAAUUGUUCUUGUACAGCUUAUGCUAAUUCAGACAUCACUGAGAGCGGAAGUGGAUUUAGCGGUUGCAUCCUUUGGUUCAGUGAUUUACUGGAUUUGAGGCAGUUUCCAGAUGGAGGGCAAGAUCUAUAUGUUAGAGUGGAUAUUUCCCAAAUAGAUAAAGAUGCUAAAGAUGGAUCAAAGAUAGCGGUGGUUGUGGUCGCAAGCAUUGUUCCGUCAAUUAUUGCUAUACUUGUAUUCACGUUCUUUUACCGGAGAAGUAAGACCAAAUUCCGAAGCAAAGUGAUCAUCAAGACAAAGGGAAAAAUAAAUGAGAGCGAAGAAGAAGAUCUAGAGCUACCUUUGUUUGAUUUUGAGACAAUAGCAUUUGCUACUAGUGACUUCUCAAGUGACAACAUGCUUGGGCAAGGUGGUUUUGGUCCUGUAUACAAAGGCACGUUACCAGACGGACAUAAUAUUGCAGUCAAAAGGCUUUCAGAUACAUCGGCACAAGGAUUAGAUGAAUUUAAGAACGAGGUUAUAUUUUGUUCAAAACUUCAACAUCGAAAUCUUGUCAAAGUCCUUGGCUAUUGCAUUGAAGAGCAAGAAAAAUUACUCAUCUAUGAAUACAUGCACAACAAAAGCCUAAACUUCUUUCUUUUUGAUACUUCUCAAAGCAAACUUCUAGAUUGGUCUAAGCGGUUAAACAUUAUAAGUGGAAUUGCUCGAGGACUUCUUUAUCUUCACCAAGACUCUAGAUUGAGGAUCAUACAUAGAGAUUUAAAAUCAAGUAAUAUUUUGUUAGAUGAUGAUAUGAAUCCAAAAAUUUCUGAUUUUGGAAUAGCUCGAGUGUGUAGAGGAGAUAUAAUUGAAGGGAAUACAAGCAGAGUUGUUGGUACAUAUGGUUAUAUGGCACCUGAAUAUGCAAUUGGUGGACUAUUCUCCAUCAAAUCUGAUGUCUAUAGUUUUGGUGUUAUAUUGCUUGAGGUUUUAAGCGGAAAGAAAAAUAAAGGAUUUUCCUUUUCAAGUCAGAACUAUAAUCUUAUUGCACAUGCAUGGUGGUGUUGGAAAGAGUGCAGCCCGAUGGAAUUUAUCGAUACUUGUUUAAGGGACUCAUACAUUCAGUCAGAGGCCUUACGAUACAUUCAUAUUGGUCUUUUAUGUGUGCAACAUCAACCUAAUGAUAGACCGAAUAUGACAGCUGUAGUUACAAUGUUAACUAGUGAAAGUGCUUUACCACAUCCAAAAAAGCCUAUUUUCUUUUUAGAAAGGGUUUUAGUUGAAGAAGAUUUUGGGCAAAAUAUGUAUAAUCAAACCAAUGAAGUAACUAUGUCAGAGAUGCAACCCAGAUAAAAAAGAAAUGAUUUGUUUCUUACCACAAGCACCAAUGAUAAGGGGUUGUGUUAUGUCCUACCAAAUUUAUGAAUUAUUGUUUUGCUAAAGUUUAGUGUACUUAUAGCCAAUUUAAAUCUUGACAAAACCCUAAUCUUAUGGUCUUUGUGUGUCUUAAUUUCUAAACUAAUAAUUUAGGCUCAAUUGAGCUUUAGUUUACUUUCACUA